AAACAAACGAAAUAGCCUUAACAGAAACUUCUGGGCCCAAUUGAAGUCUAAAUGAGCCCAAUAUGUGGCCCUAAUCGCACAGCAGCUUGAAAUUCAAUGUUCCUUAUAAAGGAACCAUACUCUGCUAAACCCUAGUUUCGUUCUUCAACCCUCCGCCUCGAAUCCAAGCGGCGUCGCAAGGCAGAUCGGGAAAAGGUAAUGGCUCCGAAGCAGCAAAACAGCGGGAUAUUUGUCGGGUUGAAAAAGGGGCAUGUCGUUACCCCGAAGGAGUUAGCACCACGCCCAUCAGAGAGGAAGGGUAAAACAAGCAAGAGAGUGCAUUUUGUAAGGAGUCUCAUCAGAGAAGUAGCCGGCUUUGCACCUUAUGAGAAGAGGAUCACCGAGCUUCUCAAAGUAGGAAAGGACAAGAGGGCUCUCAAGGUAGCUAAGAGAAAAUUGGGCACCCACAAGAGGGCCAAGAAGAAGAGAGAGGAGAUGUCCGGUGCUCUUCGCAAGAUGAGGGCUGCUGGAGGUGGUGAGAAGAAGAAGUGAGAUAUGUUUCUAUUUGCCUUUUGUUUUUAGAGUGAAAUGUUUGGAACAUGCUUCAAUGUACUUUGUUCGGCUUUUAUAAAUGAUCACAAACAUCUAUAUUUUUGUUUUAGCUCCGACUUAUGUUCCAUUCUUUGUCUGAUGACCUCUUAUAUUUAAUGAACAUGAGCUAUUUUCCCAUCA